CUUUUAUUGAACCAGUCGGCCGGAAGAUGAACCGCUACCAUCUCUCGAGGACAGGAGGGCAAAAUUCCCGAUCCCCGUUAACAGAGAGAGAAGCGUCGGACUAGCUUGCCGCCGGCAAUCGAAGCUCGAACUCUAGCGGCAAGGAGGCGCUUCAGGCGGAGGAGACGCGGGGAAGCAAGGCAGAGGAGGAGGCGGGACUGAGACGGGAGUCGCGGCAGCGUGCGAGGGCGGCCAGAGAGCGCAGUCGGAAGUUCUUUUUCUGUCCCUAAUUCGUCCUUUCUUGUCGCUUGAGCUUGAAGAAAUUCGACUAGGGGAACUGAAAACUGACGACGAGCUUCUUGUAAGCGUUUGUUGAAUCGACAGAUAAGGCCGCGCUUCUUUCCUAUCUAGCUAGUUUUGUUGAUGGAGGCGUAAGUUUGAAUGUUUGAUUGCUGGCAAGUGGAAGAAGAAGACGAGACUUGUACUGGUUUGCGAUUGCAAGUUUCUAGGUGAAUUUCUCUUCUCUCCAUUGGAAGUGUUCUCAGAGAGAGGGAAUCAUAUUUUCCAUGUUGAUUAAGCUGUUGACAGGGUUUCUGGGGUGUUCCAUGUUGAGAUUUUUGAGGACAAUUUUUGGUGAAGCCCUGAUCUCUUUGCCCCGUUCAUCCAAAUAUGACAGAUUCAGGAGAAUCUCAACAGCCUGAACAAGUAUGCAACUUUUUCAGAAAGCCAACUAAGAGCAAGAACAUCAGGAAGAGAGCAGUGGAAGAUGAUAAUGCCGAGGAUUCAAAAACCGAAAGCUCUUUCUUAAGCAAUCAGAAGAAGGCGCCAAAGGCUGAUAACAAGCUAUACUUCUCGUCCGGACCUUCGAAGAGCUCAAAGCCAUCAGAAUCCAACUCAGACAACAAUGAGAAGCCCAUCUUUCAGUUUGAGUCUUCAAAGGUAAUUCAGGUACAAAAUGACAGCAGGGCAACAGCAACUCUGGAAACCGAGACAGACUUCGGAAGAGAUGCCCGGGCAAUACGCGAGAGAGCUCUAAAGCAAGCUGGGGAGGAUAUGAAGGGUAACAAACAGGGUUCUUCGGGUGGCAACGAGAAGCUGUACAAGGGAAUUCAUGGAUAUACAGAUCACAAAGCUGGCUUUAGAAGAGAGCUAACAAUUGCAAGUGAGAAAGCUGGUGGAUCGCAUGGACCACUUAGGGCAUCUGCACACAUCAGAGUCUCGGCAAGAUUCGACUAUCAGCCGGAUAUAUGUAAAGAUUACAAAGAAACUGGUUACUGUGGUUAUGGAGAUUCUUGCAAGUUUAUGCACGAUCGAGGCGAUUACAAGUCUGGAUGGCAGAUGGAGAAGGAGUGGGACGAGGCAGAGAAGGCAAGGAAGAGAAAAUUAGCUUUGGGUGCCUUGGCUAAGGAGGAUGGCGAAUUUGAUGAAGCUAAUGAUGACGAUGAUGACGACGAUGAUGAUGCCUUGCCAUUUGCAUGUUUCAUUUGUAGGGAGCCUUUUGAAGACCCUGUCGUGACCAAAUGCAAGCAUUACUUCUGUGAACAUUGUGCUCUAAAGCAUCAUUCCAAGAACAAGAAAUGCUUCGUCUGCAACAAGCCGACUCUGGGUAUUUUCAACACUGCUCAUGAAAUACGCAAGAGGAUGGCAGAGGCGAGCAAAUGAUCAUGCUGUUAUGCUGAUUGUUGCCCGCAUCCUCCCUUGUACUGCUUGGACUGCUUUACGCACACUGUAUUGGUUGGUUCCAUUUUGGGUUCAUGACACUGGUUGUUGCAUCUUCCCGGUUAAUGACUUGGAGCAAUUUCACUUUGAUGAGAGCAUUAGUGAUCUAGUAUGCACACGGUACACCAUCGAAUUGCGAGCAUACCAUGUAAUCUAAAGUUUAUCAGUAGUCUGGAAUCCUGAUUUGCCUGUACCUUGUAGUAUGUUCUUUUUAUGUAUUGAUUAGCUAGGAUGUCUGAAUCGAUCUGCUCGCAUUCCAGCCUUGUGAAAGGAAGUUAAAGUGGAGAAGCUGGGGACUUCCAGGUUUUCAACUACAUCAUUUACCAAUUAUUUGAUAUGGUGUAAUUGAUCUUUAUGUGUGCAAGGAUACAAUUGCGAGUUUCAGUGAAGAUUUUGCUGACUAAAGGAUAAAAUCCACAGUUCAGUGAUCAGUGACCUCAAACUGUUAGCUAAUCCACUCAUUGUUCGACCUUCAUUAGCUUCCAAUACCAAAUAUGGUGGAGGCGAAAGGAGAGGAAAUUGCCAGCAUGAAGUAGGGAGGAAGCAGAAGAAGGAGAAAGCAGCUCAAAUGGAAGAAAGUCUGAAGCAAGAGCAGAAUGGCGAAGGGAAAGCACAGCUACAUCAUCAAGUUGCAUGCAAGCGAGAAGAAGAGGAAAAAAAGGCAAGUGUUUCCAUACGAUCUGGCAUUUGUAUGUCCGUUCCACCUUUUCUUUCCGCAUAUUUCCAGAAAUCUUCUUGGUUCCAGAAUCCAGAUGCCUGAUCUUCUCUUUUUUUGUUGCUUUACACACAAAGCUUCAUAUGAGUUAUCUUCACUACUGAUUGAGCUUCUUAAUUAACUCAGUUGUUUGUAAUGAGUUGACAAGUUGUGUGAUAGUCAAACUAGCUAGAUCGAUCUCGGUUAUCAUAUGACUUUGUGAUGCGGUGUUAGAUCUAUAUGAAGCCUCAUAGGCCUGCUUCGUCUUUUUUCCUAGCUCCUUGGACAUGCGUAGCUGAGACUAUGUUUUGAUUCGUUUAACAGGUGAAACUGAUAGCACAAAAUUGGUUGUAGCCCCAGCCACACAACCCUGAUUAUCCCAAAGCC